GUUCUCGAAGCCGGCACCAAUGUUCUUGGAUGAUUCCUUCAGGAAAUGGGCACGUAUCAGGGACUUUGUACCCCCAUUUGGAAUUAAAGGACAAGAUAAUCUGAUCAAAGCCAUCCUGUCAGCAACCAAAGAUUACCGUCUAACUCCAGCUCUUGACAGUCUCAGCUGCCGGCGAUGUAUUAUUGUGGGAAAUGGUGGAGUACUUGCAAAUAAGUCAUUGGGGUUAAAAAUUGAUGACUAUGAUGUUGUUGUCAGGCUGAACUCGGCUCCAGUGAAGGGCUUUGAAAAAGAUGUGGGUGGCAAGACAACUCUCCGGAUCACAUAUCCUGAAGGUGCAAUCCAGAAAAUGGAGCAGUAUGAGAAGGAUUCCCUGUUUGUUCUGGCGGGAUUCAAAUGGCAGGAUUUCAAGUGGCUGAAAUACAUUGUUUACAAGGAGAAAGUGAGCGCCUCUGAUGGCUUUUGGAAGUCAGUGGCAACCCGUGUCCCAAGAGAACCUCAUGAGAUACGUAUCCUGAAUCCCUACUUCAUCCAGGAGGCAGCUUUCAGCUUCAUCGGACUGCCUUUCAACAAUGGCCUGAUGGGCAGAGGGAACAUCCCCACCUUGGGAAGCGUAGCAAUAACCAUGGCGCUCCACAACUGUGAUGAGGUGGCGGUAGCUGGGUUUGGCUAUGACAUGAGUUCACCCAAUGCACCGCUGCACUACUAUGAGAACAUCAAGAUGUCUGCCAUCAAAGAGUCCUGGACGCACAACAUUCAGCGGGAGAAGGAGUUCCUGCGGAAGCUGGUGAAAGCCCGAGUCAUCACUGACCUAACCAGUGGGAUCUGAGUGGCUGCAGCCACUGCCUCCAAGGGAGGAGAUGAAGACAUGAGCUGCAGCUCUGGGGGCAGGCACUGGCAGCCCCCCGCAAGAAUCCCACCUCACUGAAGACACACAGAGAUGCCCAGGUGCUCUGGGAAGACCCUCUCGCAUUGCCAGUCUGCAUGAGGGUUGCAUCUGCUGCCUCCAGGCCUAGAGCUGGCAGGAGGUGGGCAAGGGGCUGAGUGGGCAGUUCUUGAACUCUGCAUCGCAGACGGAUCUUCUGUGUCCUGAAUUAAACAGGAAAGACUCAGGAGAGAGAAGAAAGGUUUGUGAAUAAAACGAUUUGUGCCAAAUGGGAGGUGACGCUGCCCCAAGGCAGCAAUGCCUGAAUGUACAAAGUAUUAUUUUUUAAAAGAAACUCUGCUGGAAUCAUACUAGAAAUACCAAGGUGCAAGGCAAAGUCUGCUUGUGCACACCCCUACGAAAAGCCCAGCCUCUCCAUGCUCCAUCUGCAUUGUCACUGGCCUCAGACCUUUCCCCAGGAAAACAAAUCCGUCCAAAACUUCAGUGUCGUUGGUGCUGCUAUAAUUCGAAGGGAGAAUAAUGGCUUUCCCUCAUUCUCCACUUGGAGCUUCUGGAUGGAGAUGAGCACGGGUUUGUUUUUCUGCACUUUUCCUUGCUUCCUGCAUAGAGGCAGCAGCAGCAGCCACUUACUUGGCUGCAUUUUCCAUAGCCAUUUGCCCUGCUCUGCCUCUGCCCUGACCCCAAGGUGGAGUGGGAAGCCGAUGGCUUUCUCUGCUCACAGCAGACCCUCCACACCUUCCUGUCACUGCGCUGAGGAGCCUGCCUCAUUGUGCUCAAGGCUUUCAGGCCUCUUGGUUUGUGCCUGCUGUGCAGGGCCCCCGUGGAGUCCAUGCAGAUUGGUGUCACCAUUUCUGGACAGUAUCUUGCUUUAUUUUUGUGUAGGAGAGGACUAAUUUAUUCUUUGGAAGGAGGUCAGAUCUUGCGCAGAGAUCUGAAGCUUUACAGUUUGAGAGCAGGCUGCUGAAGAUGUUUGUUUUACGUUCCAGACUCAAUCAUGUUCCCUAUUUAAGCGACGUGUGACCUCAGUGAUGAUGGAGCCUGCUGGCACGGAUAAGGGGCCUGCUGGAAACCGUCACCCUAUUCUCAGCCCCUGCUCACUUCAUUUCCAAGCUCUUACCGUGCUGCUCUAGCACCACGGCUCCUCCUGCUCUCAGGAGCACGUUCCUUCCUUUGCCGUCUUGGUCCCAAGAUGCAGUAUUUGCACAUUUGAUUUGUAGAAGUAUUUCAGAGGAGCUGGAAUAAACUGAGCAACAUGGCCGAG